AUGCAGUUCUACGGCCCCGACCCCGAUGGCCAGAGUGGCUUCGGCAACUACGGCUACUGGGCAAAGGACAUUUACAAGAUCGACCCGAACUUCGGGACGGAGCAGGAGCUGAAGGCCUUGUCUGAUGAGCUCCACCGCCGGGACAUGGUCUUCGUCUACGACAUCGUCCUGAAUCAUGUCGGUCCUGUACACAAUGAGAAGACGCUAGCAACGUUCCAUCCCUUCGACAAGCCCGAGUACAUCAAUCAGCUGGGCCGUGGAAACCUGACCUUCAACCAGUACGCCCAGGGCAAAGCCUUCGGUGGGGAGAGUUUCUGGCCGCCAGCGCAGGUGCCCCGUGCAAAUGCCUGGAUUCGGGAUGCCCUGCCGCUGGGCGUCAGCUCAGUGCGAAGGGGUGUUAUAGGCCCAGUGGAGGAGAAGCUGCUGAAGAGACGCCCUGGACCUGCGCCCCUCGGGAGCCUUCCCUUCUGCAACGUGGGCGACAUGGUCUGCGAGGGCUACGACGAGCCGACGACCGUCGUAGGAUGGUUCUACGACCUCGGUGAUCUCAACCAGUCACAUCCUUUCGUGCGCUCCGAGCUCCUCAAGUGGGGAAAGUACAUGAAGAACAAGUACCACAUCGAUGGUUUCCGACUGGAUACGGCCCCCUACGUGCCCAAGGAUUUUCUGAGUGAGUUCCAGGCAACCGUGGGGAUUCCCAUCCUGGGAGAGGUCACGGCCACCAACUGGACUUUUUUCAAGUCCUACGCCCCUGGCGAAGCUGCAGAGGAGGGGCCUGUCUUGAAGGGCCUCCUGAACUUUUACCUGCAAAACAUGGCGACCCCCGGGUUCUGCGGCAAGCCCUUCUGGCCCGGCGCCGACCUCAACUUGCUGAAGCUGGGUGAGGCCAUGCGGACGCAGUUUGAGGAGAAUCCGGGAGCCUUGAAUGACCUGAACUUGCUGGGGAACUUCGUCGACAACCACGACAUGCAGCGUCUUGCUCUGUACUGCGGUGGUGACAUGGCGAGGAUGAGAAACGCCAUCACGUGGACAAUGAUGACACAAGGGAUUCCCAUCAUCUUCUACGGGACGGAACACUUCUUCAACCUCACCCAUCCACCCAUGUGGAAUGCCGGCUUCUCCACCAGCACAGCUGGCUACGCUCUUCUCCAGAGCCUGAACAAUGUGCGCAAGGCCCUGAAGCUUCACACCGCCAACAUGAAGCUUAGCUCUCUGGUUGGCUUCGUUUCUGUGGAGGCGGUUGAGGCCCACCAGCUGGUCAUCAGCCGCCACUCAGACAGGCAGGCCUUCAUCUUCCUGAACAACUAUGAGGAACAUCAUGGCCCGGUGGAGUAUGAGGUGGGUGAAAUUCUCCCCGAGACCCCCGAGGGCUGGGUCUGGGCUGAUGCCUUUCACGGCUACUCGGUUCCGGACAUCUCGGACGGCGCCUGGACAACCUUUAGUAGGAUUUUAGGGCUGCAAAUAGGGGUCUUGGGGUCUUGA